CUUUUGCCGGAGAGUAACUGUCAAUUCGUGAAUAAUUUAUAUGUUUUUAUUAUAAUUUAAUCAGUUUUAGGCUUAUAUUUAAUGCGGUGUAAUCAUGUCGAUAAGUGCGGCAUUCCAUAAAAAUGUUUCGCUACUCCUUCAAGCAGUACCGGCGAGCUAUGACUUCAAAAAGCACUACAAAGAGGGAAUGUUUGAUAAACCAAACACAGCCGGUUUUACGUAUGUUUCGCACUACCUUUUGUCAAUAUAUAAUCCAGACUAUGUUAAAAAGAUGAUUGAGUGGCCAAUAGUUUGCAAAAAGUCUGAGGCAAAAUAUCGAAACGACGUGAAAGAAUUUUUAAAUGUGAUAUCAAACGAUAAUCCAGACAUUGGAUUUCCUUCGAUUGUCCCUUCUCUCCUGCUGAGUCCAGGCGGGACAAAAUUUAUUAAAGUUAUGUGGAAACUCUCCCAAGUGGCAUUGAGAGAAUACAUUAAAAGACAAAGUGAGCAUGAAGUUUUAUUUGCCCCAAAACGAGGCUCUGCAGAGGAAUUGACUGAAUCGUUAAUUAUGAAUAUUAUUAAUAAUACAAAUGAUAAUAACUCGAAGAUUCAUGAAGACUUAAUAAAAAGUGAAGAAGAGGCCAAAAAAUAUGCGCUAGAGGAGAAGGAAAAAAUUAUAAAGACUCAAAAAGAGAUUUUUGAAGAGUUAGAAAUCGUCGCAUUCUUGUCAGCAGAAGCUCCUGUCCAUCCGGCUGUUCAGAAAAGAUUACUGGACUUUGACGACGAGGAAGUUAUUCAAAUGUGGAAAGAAGAUUUAAGGAAGAGUAUGACCUACUUUAAAAACAAGGUUCAAAUAUUAAAAGACACCGAAGAUAUUAGCAAAACCGUUUUUAGCAUAGCAUCAAACAUAAUCAGUGAAUCGACCGUACUCAACGCAAAUUUCCUACAAAAAAUCGAUAUUUACGCAAUCUCAGAAUUGCCUUUCCCUAAAAUAAAGGUUCUAGCGCAACAUGUUUACACAAAUGGAAAUUUUAAUUUGAUGAGUUAUUUUCAACUGCUUAACGCAAUGACUGAAUACUGUGGCCAGUAUAUUAGCGUUAACGGAUUUUUAGAUUUUUAUCACUGCUACUCGCAGUUGGAAGCCAGCGGCUCUGAUCUCAAAAGAAUGAGUGAAUUUUUGUGUGAAUUGCACUCGAGAAUGGUACAAUUUUCCACAGAAUUACAGCCAAGAUCUGAUCUACCAACUAUAGCUCAAUAUGACCCCAACGAAUCGUUAAUAACGGCCUCUGAUUUGAAAAAUGUCAUGUUUAUGCCCUCGCCGCCAAUUCAAUUCAACUCUGAUAAUAAUGGAAGGACCGAAAUACAAAACAGAUUAAAGCUCACUCCUGUAGAAGGAGUCCAUAAGCAAUUAUUUUUAAGAUACAAUCAAAACAGAGAUGGACCUUCGCUAAAUGCGUCAAGAGUGCGUCAAAAUUUGACAGUCACGCGGAUAAACUUUGACGAUACGAUAACGUCCGAAAUUAGCGAGAGACAAUCACCCUGUCGACGUUUUUUGCCUCCGAAAACAAUCUGGUCCACGUGCAAGCCUGCUGGAAAAUAUUCAAGAUUAUUUUCCAAUCGAGCGACUCAACCCACCAACAAAGCUGCAAAUUGUAGCAUGUUGUCAAUGCCUUGUUCAGCGAAAGCGAACUCAACUAUUUUGAACAAUAUUGGUGACGGAAAUAACGCCGAGCUGACAAUUGACAUGACAAUGAAAAGUUUCUUUAGCUACAGCAGCGAUACUUCAGUUGUGGAGAAGAAGAGCACUCCCAAAAAGAUGAACCGGUUUUUCGACAUUCCCGAAACUAGUGCCGAUGUAAACAGACAAUAUCUGUCCGUAAAUGAGGAAAUAGAAAUUAAAUUUCAGAAGCCAUGUUGCCCCGUUGCUUCGCCAAAUAAAGGCGACAAACAAAAAGGUAGGAGACGAUCCAUCACUGAUUUGGUGGAACGCUACAAGCGAGUUAUGGAAAAAUCGACAGUCGGUGUUUCGAAAUUGGAAUCGGUUUUUGACACAAAUAUAAGCGAGGAAACAUAAAUCCUAUGCUAAAUUUUAAAACAAUUAUUUAUACGUCCCUGAGUUAUUAAUCAGGACAAAUACAAUCUCGUUGAUCCUUGAUCUUUAAUUGGGAAUGGACCAGCAUUCCCAAUAUUUGAACAAAUAUUUCUGAAUAUCGAUCCUAUUUUUAUAUCGUCGCGUAAGGUUGUAUAUAUUUGCGUUGGAACUCUGCAUUGAAUGGAAGCUUUAUUUUUCGAAAGCUCUUAGACUGAUACAUGUAAUAUUUUUGAGAAUUUUGUAAAUAGGAUUUAAAUUCGAAUCUCAAAAUGUGUAUAAAAUAAAGAUUAGGGUGGGUCGAAAGAAAAAAAAUCCAA